UGCACCAGCAGUAUGGAGAUAGCAACACUGUGUGCUGUUAUUGCUUCACUCAGAAUCAUUCCUAACAGAUCCCAGUUCUUCCAGUAUGAGUCCGUCUCCAUAAGCUGUGGGGGGCAGGAAAACUCUUCAGAGUGGAGAGUUAAGAGGAGCACGUCCUUUAACACAAACACCAUAUGUCCCUCAUCCUCAAAUGGAAUAGGUGAAUCUCACUGCGACAUCAGUGAUCUUUAUCCAGCAGACACUGGAGUUUACUGGUGUGAGUCUGCAGCAGGACAGUGCUCCAAUGCUGUCAACAUCACUGUGGCAGCUGGUUCUGUGAUCCUGGAAGGUCCUGUCCAUCCUGUGACGGAGGGAGACACUGUAAUUCUGCACUGUAGAUACAAUGCAGGCUCAUCCUCCAAUUUCACUUCUACUUUCUAUAAAAAUGAUGAUCUCAUUGAGAACAGCUCUACAGGAAACAUGACCAUCCACAGGGUUUCCAAAUCAGAUGAAGGCCUCUACAAGUGUAACAUCACUGGAGUUGGACAAUCACCAGACAGCUCGCUGGUGGUUAUUUCUGCAGGUGAGCAGAAAACAUAAAGAGUUAUAACAUCUUACUGUGAGCAUGAUGGAUUCAUACUAGAAUCCAGAUAUGG